AUGUUUGAUUUGAGGUCGAUUGGACGAAUGCACUUCAAACCCACCCUGAUUAUUAUCUACCCGAAAUCCAGAACAAUAUUCACACAAGAACACUAUCGAGCAGCGUUAGCUUCAACAAAAGUCUUCAAUUUGAAAGUUGAUGUUCUUUUAGGAACAGUAGAUUUAAGAAGCAAUAAAAUUAUGCUAACACAGAUAAUUCAGUGGCAGUUCUUGGGUCUUAAAAAACAUAUAGAAGAUGAGAAAGAUAUGUUUAAUUUAAUAGAAGCUAUUGCAAGAAUGGAGUCGUCUGCGAAAUGGGGGCUGGAUCUGCACUUCUGGCGGCCAGACUUGCUCGAAAAAUAUCACAUAAUUUAUACGUUUAUCACUAUUCACAAGCAUCCAGUGUGGAUU